ACCACCACCUCCGCCGCCUCUAACCCCGCCAUGAUGCACCAACAGCAGCAGAACGCCCGCUUCCCCUUCAACUCCAUGGCCGCCGCCGCUGCCGCUGCCGCUGCCGCCGCCGCCUCGCAAAAACCGUUGGAUCACCAGUAUUCCGAUGGGUCGCCCUCGGGCAGCGGUGGUGGUUGGUUCAACAUUGAGCCGGCUAGGAAGAAGAGGGGCCGGCCCAGAAAAUACUCCCCUGAUAACAGCAUAGGCCUAGGUCUUUCCCCCGCCCCAGUCAACCAGAUUACCUCUGCUGGCGGCGGCGGCCACGCCGAUUCCGGUGGCGGCGGUGGAGGCGGUGGUGGUGGGACACCGUCUUCUGAAACCUCCGCCAAACGCAACAGAGGCAGGCCGCCCGGUUCUGUGAAAAAGCAGUUGGAUGCUCUAGGGGUGCCGGGAGUUGGUUUUACCCCUCAUGUAAUUACAGUAGAAUCAGGAGAGGAUAUAGCGUCGAAAAUAAUGGCAUUCUCACAGCAAGGACCACGCACAGUUUGCAUUCUAUCUGCUUAUGGUGCUAUCUGUAAUGUUACCCUUCGUCAACCUGCAAUGUCCGGUGGCACAGUUACAUAUGAGGGCCGGUUUGAGAUAAUAUCUUUGUCAGGCUCGUUCCUAAUGUCAGAGAGUAAUGGUAGCCGAAGUCGAACCGGUGGUUUAAGCGUUUCAUUGGCUGGCGCAGAUGGUAGAGUCUUGGGUGGGGAGU